AUGCUCUCUUUUCAAAAUGCCUGCUCAGUACCCAGCUCCUUCUGGCUCACCGGCAUCCCAGGGCUGGAGUCCCUGCACAUCUGGCUCUCCAUCCCCUUUGGCUCCAUGUACUUGGUGGCUGUGGUGGGGAACAUCACCAUCUUAGCUGUGGUAAGGAUAGAACGCAGCCUGCACCAGCCCAUGUACUUCUUUCUGUGCAUGCUGGCUGUCAUUGACCUGGUUCUGUCUACUUCCACUAUGCCCAGACUCCUGGCAAUCUUCUGGUUUGGUGCUGGCGGCAUUGGCCUGGAUGCCUGCUUAUGCCAAAUGUUUCUUAUCCAUUGCUUUGCUACUGUUGAGUCAGGCAUCUUCCUUGCCAUGGCUUUUGACCGAUAUGUAGCCAUCUGCAACCCACUGCGACACAGCAUGGUGCUCACCCAGGCCGUGGUGGGUCGUUUGGGGCUGGCUGCUCUCCUCCGAGGAGUUCUUUACAUUGGACCUCUACCGAUUAUGAUCCGCCUGCGACUGCCUCUUUAUAAAACCCAAGUCAUCUCUCACUCCUACUGUGAGCACAUGGCUGUGGUUGCCUUGACCUGUGGUGACAGCAGAGUCAAUAAUGUCUAUGGGUUGAGCAUUGGCUUUCUGGUGUUGAUCCUGGAUUCAGUGGCCAUUGCUGCCUCCUACGUAAUGAUUUUUAGAGCUGUGAUGGGCCUGGCCACUCCUGAGGCCAGGCUUAAAACCCUGGGGACAUGCGGCUCUCAUAUCUGUGCCAUUCUGAUUUUCUAUAUUCCCAUUGCUGUUUCUUCCCUCAUUCACCGGUUUGGUCACCGCGUGCCUCCGCCAAUCCACACGCUGCUGGCCAAUUUCUACCUCCUCAUUCCCCCGAUCCUUAAUCCCAUUGUCUAUGCUGUUCGGACCAAGCAGAUCCGAGACAGGCUUCUUCAGAUCCUAAAGACAGGGACCAAGAUCAGGUGA